AGGAAGUUUCAUUUGCAAAGGAUUAUGGUCAACUCAGCUGUUUAUGUUUAGCUUUUUGGGUUUAAUGAAUUGCAUGUAAAUAAACAAUACAGGGUGGAAUGAGUUGCUGAAAUUAUAUGAUAGGCCAUAAUUCAAUUUAUGUUGAAUGAAAUAUUUUUGAAACUAUUCCUCACUACAUUACUGUUAAUAAUAUGUAUUAUUUUUCUUGUGAGAGGGUGGGCAAACAUUUGUUUUCCUCUUCUGUUGCGUCUGCGUUCGAAGCUUACCAUUGAUUUAAAUAAAUAUUUAUGCAUUCAUAGUACUGAACUGAGAGUCAUAAAAGAAUGGUUUGAUCCAAUUUGUGGCUUUAUGCAUCAGUUCACAUGAGUUGAAAUAUGGCAGCCCCUCCUAUUCCACCAAAAGGCAGUUCCUGGAAUCAAGGCAAUUCUGCUCCUGACCCACUUAUGUGGAGAUCCGAAAGCAGGAAUUCCUUUCCAAAUGAUUCAAAUAAUUGCUUUAGUGAUAACUUCUUGCCCUCUACACCCGUUCAGCAAGGUGAUGCCCCGCCAUUACCACCUCGUCCUUCCUCUGAUGCAGUUUUUCAAACGUCAAAGCAGAAAACUGAAAUCAAUGUUUUAAAUCUUGUUCCUCCUGCUCCUACAAGUGGAGUACAGCUUUACAGACGAUCUUCUGAUUUUCAAGCGUUCAGUCCUGGCUUUAAUAAUUUUAUGACUAACUCUAAUUUUGGAAAACCUGGGCCAAAUAUUUUGUUUCAAAACAAUGCAUCAACCACCAACUGUGGUACACACAUUCGAAGCAAUUUUAAUUCAACUUCUCAAUAUUCUCAAUCAUAUGCUACUUAUCAAUCUGGCCAACAAGCACUUGCAUUUACAAACAAUAUGUAUCAGUAUCAGUUUAAGAGAGAUGUAUUCGGAUUUGAUAUCCAGCAUAGUAAGUCAGCCCCCAACAUUGCUACCUCUGCACCAGUUAUACCUGUGCCAAGGUUCUCCAUGCCAAAUAAUAACAAUCAUGUUUCAAAUAAUAAAACUACUUAUGCCGUAAUUAAUCAUGCUGCAACUGCUGCAAAUAAUAAUGCUCAAGCUAAUUUAGAAAAUAUAUUGAAAUUUAUGAAGAAAAGAAGUGACAGUAAUCUUAUAGAUCUGUAUUGUGGAGAUCAGGACACAAAACUCAAUCAGUCAACCAAAUGUCAUGAUGAUAUUUUAAAAUUGUUUGAUCCCCUCAGCAAUGCAACUAACUCAAUUGAGGAGGACAUUUUUGUUAAAUCUAAGUCUGAACCGCCACUCGAGAAGCCGUUUAUGGAACACAGUGGUAUAGAUACAACAGAUAGAAAAAUAAUUGAGCCAGUGCUCGAAACUGUAUCAAUCUGUGAAACGAUUCCUAAAAAAGUGAACUCAGAAGAUGCCUCAGGAAAGGUCUACAAUGAUUGUAAUGGGAAGCAGACUGAUUCGAUAUUAAAAAUUAUGCGCAGGAAUGAUAACUACAAUAAAGAAAUCGAUUCUUUUUGCUCAAAACUCAGAAAGUUAAGGAUCGAGUUUUCGUUCGAUGAUCAUGUUACAAAUGCUGGUUUGGUUAUAAGCCCAACGCUUGAUAGCUACCAGGAAGAUUCCUUAAGCAUAAAACUAAUUAUUACGAGUAUUAACGCUGAUCGGCCUGUAUCUUUCACGUGCGACGUAAGCACGAGUGUGGAGCAUAUUAUCAGUCAUACUGUCUGCUCGAUAUUUGAAAAUGCAUCCUCUUUGUGUAUGGAUAAUUUUGUUCUUAAAGUUCAAGGUUUGUCGGAAUACUUUACCUCCCAUUCAACUUUAGCUGACUAUGAAUAUGUGCACCAAUGCCACAAGUUUGAUAAGCCAGUUUGUUUGACUUUGACCGAUAUCAAGGAUUUAAAACGUCCUCUUGCCAGAACCAAAAAUGAUGAUAUAAAUGACACCAAUUUCAAAUACAAAGAUAUUGCUCCCUGUAUUAAAAAAGAAGUUAUUUCUUAUGAUUCAUUAAGUAUACUUUUAGAUACUUUGGAGAGAGAGAUGGAGAAAACAAAAUCCAAUGCAUUGAAAUUUGAAAUAUUGGAGUCCUUAAAACCACAAGGAGUGGUGCAAGCUGUUAAAGCUAUCUGUACUCUUUUAUCUCAUGUUGAAACUUCAGAAAUAACAGAUGCUGUUGCAGCUUUCAUUCAUGUUUGCCUUUUAUAUGAUAAAAAUGAAGAAUCUGAAUUUGAUGUUUUACCUGAAUUGGGUCCAUUGAGCGAUUUAAAGAGUGGUAAGAAAUCCAAUGGGGAAGAUCUUAUGAAACUCUUUGAAUUGUUAGAGUUGAGUUUAUCUCAUUUGCAGCAUGCUGUACAUGAAUUGCUUGCCAUGUAUGCUAAAGCAUUCCGAGCAAAUUUUGAAGUUGAGUCCUCGGAUAUUCCUCAUCAAGAAAAAAUGGUUACUGAUUUUCUAGACACUCCUCUUUUUGAAAUUGGUGUUGUUCAUAGAUUAGAACCUAGUGUCACUUCUAUGUUUUCCAAUUAUUUCAUAGUGUGCGAAAUUAAUCAUGGUAACUCAAUUUUGACUUCUGUAACUUCUAAAACAUCAAUAGUAUCUAAAAGUUUUUUUCCAAGAAUUAUUUUUGAGCAAUGGUUGCAGUUUGAAAAUAUUUCCAUGUGUACCCUCCCUGAAGAGUCUGUUCUUUACUUCACCCUUUGGGGGACUUUGAAUCCAAAUGAAUCAAAACAAUCGAAUAAUAACGUAUCAAAUAAGUCCUGUAUUGGGUGGUGUGGAAUUAGAUUGUUCUCGUACGAAAAAGAACUCGCUCAAGGGUGUUUUCUCCUUGGACUUUGGCCCACAGAUAUUUUGAAAAACAGUGGGCCGUCCCUUUCGAAUCCUGAUGCAAACUGCUCUCUUCUUCAUGUACGCUUGCCUGAUUUUGGUUGCACUGUCAAGUUUCCUCCUGUCAUUGACAAUAAAUUUGUGUCCUCUCAAAUAAAACCAUUUGAGAGUUUAGAAUCGCAUCAACAGACUGUAUUAAAGGAAAUUAUUGAUAAAGAUAAUUUAAAAGUUUUACUGUCGGAUGAAAAAGAGUUAUUGUGGGAGAAAAAGUAUUACUUGCAACAAUAUCCUAAUGCACUACCAAAAGUUUUACUAUCUGCUCACGGUUGGGACUGGGCAUGCUUAUCAGACAUUUAUUCACUUUUGAAAGCCUGGACACCUUUGUCACCUGUUGAUUCCUUGUAUCUUUUAACUCCACUUUUUCCAAAUAGAGAAGUUCGUAAAACUGCUAUAGCCUGGAUGAAAGACAUUGUGAGUGAUGAAUUAUGUGACUAUUUGCCACAAAUGGUUCAGAUUCUGAGAUAUGAACCGUGGGAUGAUUCACCAACUGCUUGGUUUCUUUUGGAAAGGUCUUUAACUAGCGUUAGAGUUGCUCACCAUUUGUAUUGGCUUUUGAAGCAGAACAUCGACGAUCCGAUUGCCGGCGGUAGAAUGAAGCUUAUGCUUAAUAGUCUGUUAACCAUUGCGGGCCAUGCUAUGCGUGACCGCCUGCAAACUCAAGAAUCAUUGCUAGAGGAUUUGUCAAAUACUGCUGAUAAGAUUAAGAAUACGAAAGAGUCUUUGAGGUUAAAUAUUUUAUUUUACGAACUUGAAAAGACUCACCACGAUUUAUUAGAUAAUUUUACUUCUUUACCCCUCAGUCCUAGUUUAGAAGUUUGUGGUGUGGAUGUUAAGUCUUGUUCAUAUUUUACUUCUAACACGUUGCCUUUAAAACUUGUCUUUCAUACUCCAGACAUGACUGGAACAAAUAAUGAAGCCAUCUUCAAAGUGGGUGAUGAUUUGAGACAGGAUAUGAUUACAAUACAAAUGAUUCGCAUUAUGGAUAAGAUGUGGUUAAAAGAAGGCCUCGACUUGAAGAUCGUAACUUUCAACUGUGUGGCUACUGAAUUUAGAAAAGGUAUGGUUGAGUUAGUACCGGAAGCUGAAACUUUAAGAAAAAUUCAAACAGAGCUUGGAUUAACUGGGUCUUUUAAAGACAGAUCGAUCGCAGAAUGGUUGCAGAAAUACAACAAUUCAGAACUUGAAUAUCAGCAAGCAGUAGAGAAUUUCACUUUAUCCUGCGCAGGCUAUUGUGUUGCCACUUAUAUCUUAGGCAUUUGUGACCGUCAUAAUGAUAAUAUUAUGUUAAAAACAUCGGGUCACAUUUUCCACAUUGAUUUCGGAAAAUUUUUAGGAGAUUCUCAAAUGUUUGGAAGUAUUAAACGAGAUCGCACACCCUUUGUCCUAACCUCUGACAUGGCAUAUGUGAUUAAUGGUGGUGAUAAACCUUCAAAAAAAUUUCAGUAUUUUAUUGAUCUUUGCUGCCAAGCUUUUAAUAUUAUAAGAAGUUAUAAGAACACAUUUUUUAAUCUAUUUACAUUAAUGACAUCUUCAGGAAUUCCUGGAAUGUCUGACAAUGCUGUAAAUUAUAUUGAGAAAGCUUUGCUGCCAAAUAUGUCCGAAACAGAAGCUACUGUCCACUUUACUCACAUGAUUCAAGAAAGUUUAAAAUCUUGGUUCACUCAAUUUAAUUUCUUUAUUCACAACUUGGCUCAGUUGAGAUUUACUGGUGACCACAAUGACGGAUUUGUUUUGUCUUUUACUUCAAAAACUUAUUCAAAAGAGUCAGACGGGAAGAUUAUUUCUGCAGAUGUGAUUGGCUAUCAAAAAAUGUAUGAUCCCGAAAAAUAUUACAUUUACGUUGUAAGAAUAGAAAGAGAGAGUUGUCCCGAUCCUUUGUGCGUGUUCAGAACUUAUCGAGAGUUUAUCGAAUUCCAUCAAAAACUUUGCAUGAUGUUUCCGCUUGCAAAAUUUCAUGCAUUGCCAGGGAAUCCUUUGAUGGGAAGAACCAAUGUUCGUGAAGUUGCGGACAAGCGCAAAUCUGAGCUGAGUCUGUUCUUGCGAUCUUUAAUGGGCAUGGCUGAAGAAAUUGCUCAUUGUGAUUUAGUGUAUUCUUUUCUACAUCCUUUACUUCGAGAUCAGGAAGGAAUAGCUCAAGAAAAUGAAGCUAGGAGCCUUGCUUCUCGUUCUCGAAGAAGUUCAUCAGUGAAUGAAAUUCAUGGUCAAGUUAAACUUUCUAUUGUGUUUAAAAAUGACUCACUUUUUAUUAUGGUAAUGCACGCUAAAAAUCUCAGUUCCCCGAAAGGCACGGCACCCGAUCCGUACGUGAAAACGUAUUUGCUACCCGAUCCGGCAAAAUCUACAAAAAGAAAAACCAAGAUAGUUUCUAAAAACUGCCAUCCUACAUUUAUGGAAAUGCUUGUUUACAAUAUUCCGCUGGAAGUUAUACGUCACAAGGCGCUGCAUGUAUCAGUUUGGGAUUAUGAUAGAGUUCAAGAAAAUGAAUUCCUCGGAGCUACUUUAAUUCCUUUAUCCGGUGAUUUGAAAAAGGAAUCGGCCAGGUGGUAUCCUCUGGGGCAGUUCAAUAAUUAGUUUGUAUAUUUGUUCUGUGUUGUUGAAAAUGUGCAUAAGAAAUUUGUAGUUAAUGCUGUAAAAAAUAUUUAUACCAAUUAAUUCCUUUAUUAUUUUUAUAUCGCAUGAAAUUAUCUUGAUCACUUUUUUCUUAAGGAUUACCAAAAAAGAAAAAAAAAAUAUUUGUGUAUAUUACUUGUCUUUUGUGAUGUCUGCGAAUUAAUUUUGCAUUUAUUUCUUAUAUAAGUUUAUAAGGUUAAAAAUAAACCAAGCAUUGAUAUUGCUUAGGGCAAUAUAAUGUAAUGCCAUACUUUCAUAUUGUUCAGUUGGUUUUAAUAGUUUAACUGAGACCCAUUUUAAGUACUGAAAGUUGACUAUUCAAUUUAUUUAUAAUAUUAAUCAGCUACAUUUCAUUUAUGCAACCCAAGAAUUAUAUUUCUUAACUGCAAUUAGUUUCUAGUUUAUAAUUGCAUGGUGCAUUCCUUAAAUUUUAAACAAUUUCUAACAUUUGUAUGAGCCUAUUUUACAAGAGUGGUUGCUGAGGGAGUCCUGACUCUCCCAGGGGUGAUUGUGAGCUCAAGUCAAAAUUCCGGAAAAUUCAUAGAGUUAAAAAG